AAUCAUAGAAAUAUUUUGAUAUGUUUUGUUGAAGAUUAAGAUUUUGUAUUGCUCAAUUUAAGUUCAAUAUGUAACAUAGAUCACAAAGUUUGCUAACUUAUAUUGAUACUUUGAGACUCCUUACAUGACGUUUCCGCAACACACCCGAGGUCAAAGUUCGUAUAUAUUAAAAUGCAACAAUGUGUAUAGUUCGUUAUGGAAGAUCAUGUGUAGAUUAUUUUAUAUAGGAAAGGAUAUUUAUACGAUAUAGUUAAUUGUAACUGUUUAAUUUCAACUUAUGUUUACAUUAAAUGACAUCCUUAAGCCAACUUUACUAAUAUUGAUCGCUAUUUUCGUGUUAUACAUCUAUAAUCAUCUUGUUGUUAAAGAUUUGAAGCUUUGCUGCGAUAAUACAGCAGAGAAUUAUUCUCAUUAUGAUUUGGUCGUUGGAAUACUUUCAUCGCGCGGCAAUUUUGAUUUGAGGCAAAGUUUACGUGAAUCUUGGGUUGGCUAUGCAAGACGACAUUCAUCGCUCAAUAAAAGAGUGUUGGUGAAGUUCGUCGUUUCAAAUAAUGCAUGUUACGUUCCUCCAGAGUUCAGGAUUGAUCCUUACAAAUGCGAAAGAAAGAAAAUCGAAUCUCCAGACUACGAAAAUGAAAUAAUUGCUUACAAACGACCAAAUGAAGAAAAUUUGAGAUAUUUUCACAGUGGAUCUAUCGGAUGGGACUUUGAUAUCAUCCGUCCCAUUAUUUUGACUCGUCUUGGCAUCUCUUCAUCAUCGUUGAAUUCAAAAAGAAACUCUUCUGUUCGACUCUACGACAGAACUGCCAAGAGCGAAAUUAUAUCUGUUCAUUUCUCUUUCCAAGACCCUGGUACAACAGAAAACGGUUCGUCGUUUAAAGAAAUCGAAAACUUUAUUUUGCCCAAGGACUUCAAGGGCAGCGUCGUGUCUGAAAACGUAAAAUGUUCAAGUUCUCGAUGCAGAAAAUGCGAGCAUUUUGCCAACAUUGAAAACGGAGAGGAUUAUUUCAAUGUACACAAGAUAAGACGGAUUAACAACGAGUUCGCCGUCUUUCCCGAAGUCGAGGAAUCAAUUCCUGAUGCUAGAUGCGUUGAUGGGGCUGGAACGUUCAUGUAUCGACUUUACAAUUCUCCGGGGAAGAGAGUCGUGACGAAAGAGGAAGAGGAAGCUCGAAUGUCGGAGUGGCAGCGAUUGAAAGACGAUGAAAACGAACGUUUACUUAAAGAAAGCAGAACAAUUUCUGAUAUUCUUUUUGUUUCAAAUGUCGAUGUUUACAGAAAUCUUCCAUCCCAGUUGCUUCAGUUUUUCGCAUGGCUCUCGGCGACUUUAAGUUUUUCCUUUGUAAUGAAAACUGACGAUGAUUGUUUUGUUAACCUGGAGACCAUCUUACAGGAAAUGGAAAGUCAUAAUUUAAAAAACACGUCUAAAUUGUGGUGGGGAAGCUUUCGUACUGAUUGGUUGAUCGAGAGACAGGGAAAAUGGGCCGAGCCUGAUUAUCCGGGAGUGACUUAUCCGACAUUUGCCUGCGGUGCGGGCAGCAUCAUAUCUUCGGAUAUUGUUCACUGGCUGGCAAAAAACGAGAAAUCUCUGAAACGUUAUCAGGGGGAGGAUGUCUCUAUGGGUAUUUGGUUAUCAGCUAUUGCUCCUGAAAUUUAUAAGGAUGAGCGAUGGUCGUGUUUCGGGGAUUGUCAGAUGGAAAUGUUUACCUUGCCCGAGCAGGAUACCGAUUCUCUUCUCUAUUUAUGGGAAAACUUUAUGUCCUGCGGUAAUCCUUGCAAAUGUUGAGGUACGUUAGUUAUGUCGUGGGUGGGGGGGGGAUUUGGGGAUAAGAAAAAUUCCAAAUCCACACAGAAAGAUAGAAAAGUACAGCUUCAAUUAAACUUUUUGUCUUUUUUUCACUUAAUUAAAUCUAUUUUCUCUAUAUUACAAAUUUAAUGUUUUGGCUUUUUACGUACGACAUUAAUUUAAAUUAAAUAAAAUCUAUAGCGCUGUGUAAACGUUUUUGUAUAAAAUGGUUAUUGCUUGGAAUAUCGACAUUUUUCCUGCUGUGCAAA